ACAAGCAGUCUCCCCAUGGCGCUGAUACUGUUGGAGGAGAGGCUCCUCCUGCGUAUGAGGAAUGAUGCAUGCACGAAUAAUGAGUUAUCUAUCAGUUACUUCUUAUGUCUUUUAGGAUCUCAUUCUGGACUUUUCCCGAGAGAAGUUAUACCAUACAGUAUUAUUAUUUUACUUAUGUUAGCGUAGUGAUCGACGCAAGUAGGGCGCGUCGCGGCUUCCGAUCAAUUCUCGAUCGCGUCUGUCACGUGUAGGACCUGCUUACAUACGUAACCUCUCAGCUCGAAGCACCCGCUUUCGUUAUUCUCUUUCUUUGUACGCUUACACUUCCUGCUAGACUUUUAUUGUACGCUAUCAUCCCAUCAUGGAGAUUCCGUUGUUUGGAGACCAUCCCACGAAACGACGAAGAGAAAUCAACCUUGGCGGCACAAAUGUUACGAGAGCACAUGCAUCCAUUCUACAGGAUGCGCAUGCAAGGCGUGCUCAGCGUACCGAAGAACGACGGAGGCAAGAAAGUGCCAUCCGGAUACAGAACUGGUGGAAAGCAAACCUGCAACUCAGGUUAGUCAAGCGGCAACUGCAGGCAGUCUUCGAACAAGACGUCGCUGGUAUCACUGGUCUUCGAUGUCUUGUGCUCAUUGGUCGGGAUGAGUACGUUUUGGAGAGAUGGUCAACAGCAAUGCUCUCUGGUGGUCCAGAUAGCAUAUUCAAUACCAUGAUCGAUCCUCAUGGUGCUACACUUCUUCGAAGGGCUUCCUUCCUCUUACUUCAAUUCGUCGCGGACCAACCACUAGCAACUUCCUCUGCAGCUCACGUUGCCGUGUUGGAAAUACUGCUUUGUAGUCAGCUUCCACCCCAGCCGCCGAUCCUUCGACACACCCGAAUACAAAUCCUUUCGUAUCUCCUCACCCAUGGGUAUUACUCCUUGCUGGGAAGAGCCAUCUCAAGUAUCCCAUUAUCGGCGAAGUCAACGUCGCCAGCAUUACCCAUUCUUGUUACCCUUCUUACUUCUCCAUUCACUGUCUUCCCCGGAGCAUCGCCGCCAUAUACAGAAUCCCUAGAAGAUGUCUUUUCAUUCGUUCUCACUACACCACUGCUUCCAAACCGACUACCAAUAGCUUCCCUCACCUUUCUCGCCCCACGAUUACCUCUGAAUGCACUAUAUCUGAUCAAAGCCGAUCGCGUGAUUCAGAAUACACAGAAUAUUGAAUCUAGGAUACACCUUCUCGCUAAUCUGGCAGCUUUCGCUCCACCGAGAUACAGCACAUUCAGUCCGGAAACAAUGGAGGUGUACUUGAAUCUUAUCUCAAUGAUACUGUACUCUCUACCCAUGCAUGCGCUCGAACCUCCAUUGCAACAAUCAUCAAAAACCCAGGAGACAUCUACUUGGGAUGAUGAAUCUGACUCUGACGGAGAGCCUCAGGUUACUGUCGUGAAGUCUUUCCAACCAAAACAGGUUCUUCCCGAGCUUGACCCGAAGACCAGGACUCGUCUGCAAACAAUAGCAUCUCCAGCCCAUAUCAAUUCCUUACUAGAAGCUACACAAAGGAAGUCGAAGAUACGGCGGAGUUUGUAUUCGUGGUGUGUUGCGUUGAGCAACAUCUGGCCUGAAAGGAGGGAUAAGAUCCUCGGGGCGAUCGUUGUCUAUGGUGGAGGCGGACUUGUGAGGGAGUUGUACCGAGAGUACGUUAGGCCUUCGCUUUUGGGGAAGGACCUGAAUCAUACUGCACUUAUGGAUCCUUCCCAUGCGUCUUCGUGGCCGCCGCUCUUAUUCCUUGUCGAGUUAUACACUCAAGCUCUGCUCACAAUGGGCGAUGACGAGUUUUUCUCGAAAGGAACGACUAAUGGCGCGCCUCGGAAUCCGUUGACUCUGGACGAACUCACGUCCUUUUCGAAGCAGCUGCUAAAUAUUGCUUUCACGCUCUAUUGGCACCAUGAUCAGGCGAGUAUGCAAGGUGGUGUGUCUGGUAUGCCGAACUUGAAGUGGGAAGGCGUUAGAGACAAGAUGACCAAGUGUCUUCAAGCUAUUCAUGCUAGAGACUCCCGAAAGCGGUUCACUCCAGAAGGGCAUUGGCUCGUGACCUCCGAAGUGGACAUCGCCCCAUUCGUGGAGGCAGCCGUGCUCGAAGAACGUCAACUCGCCCAACCGCUAGGUUCCCGUCCUCUUUCGAAGCGACAAAUCGCUUCCAUGGCUCCUCGACUAGGUGUCCUCAACAAUAUCCCUUUCGCCAUCCCGUUUGAUGUCCGGGUUACAAUCUUUCGACACUUCAUAGUCAACGAUAUGGUAGUCCGAGGGUAUGAUCGAUAUAACAGCCGUGCUGGAACAAGAAUUGUAGUUCGAAGAGGAAGGAUUGCAGAGGAUGGUUUCGAUAAGCUUCAAGAUGUUGAUUUAAAGGCACCUAUUCAGAUUACUUUCAUUGAUCAAUUUGGGACCGAAGAGGCUGGUAUCGACGGUGGAGGCGUCUUCAAAGAAUUCCUGACAUCCCUUUGUAAAGAGGUUUUCGACACAGAUCGUGGUCUCUGGCUUGCGACGAAGCAGCACGAACUAUACCCAAACCCACAUUCGUACGCAACGGAAGCCCAUAGUCUCAACUGGUACCGCUUCAUCGGUCGAAUACUGGGGAAGGCGCUAUACGAAGGUAUACUCGUUGAUGUCGCCUUUGCCGGUUUCUUCCUUGCCAAGUGGCUGGGAAAACAGAGCUUUCUGGAUGACCUAUCAUCGCUGGAUCCAGAGUUGUACCAGGGCCUGAUCUUCCUGAAACACUACACGGGCGAUCCCGAAGAGCUUUCCCUCAAUUUCACUGUUACAGAAGAAGAUAUUUGUCUCUCUGUAGAGUUUGGUGUGACGAAGUCGAUCCCAUUGGUCCCGAAUGGGGAACAGAUUCCUGUUACUCGAGAGAAUCGCCUUCAGUACAUCUACCUGGUUUCGCACUACAAGCUGAACAAGCAGAUUCGGAAACAAAGCGACGCAUUCUUCGACGGUCUAUCCCAGAUGAUUGACCCCAAAUGGCUUCGGAUGUUCAAUCAACAAGAACUGCAGGUUCUUCUGGGCGGUGUUGACUCCCCGGUCGACCUUGACGAUCUGCGGAAACAUACGAACUAUGGUGGCUUGUUCGAAGAUCAUGAACCCACUAUUCAAAUUUUCUGGAGAGUUGUCAAUUCGUUCAAUCAGGAUGAGCGCCGAAAGCUUCUGCGCUUCGCGACGAGUUGUAGUCGACCGCCUUUGCUAGGAUUCAAGGAGCUCAUUCCCAACUUCGCCAUACGAGAUGCCGGCUCAGACGAGAAUCGGUUACCGACCGCCAGUACUUGCGUAAAUUUGCUCAAGUUGCCGAGGUACAAGAAUGAGAGGACACUGCGCGAGAAGCUUCUACAGGCCAUUUAUUCAAAUGCUGGUUUCGACUUGUCAUGAUCAAUAGAGUUUGUACUGCUUUUAGCCCACGGUAUCAGCCUGUACUUAUACAUGUAGCAUCUUCCUUGCAUAAUAUUUUAACACUACAGUUUACUCAUGUCAAUUUCAUGUUUUUGCGGCUGAGCUGAGCUUAGGCGUCUAUAUAGUUGAUGUUUGUUUGCACG